CAAAGAGGUCGGUAAACACCUCGUUAAUUUCAAUCAAAAACCAUGGAAACGUUUGACAUCGAUUUAAUAUCAAAAUCACCAACGCAACGAAAAACUGGCGAGCAACAAUAACUCGAGUAAUAAUUUAGAUAAUUUUGGGAGAGGGAGCUGAGAAAACAUAAAAAUGGCGUGCAACGAGAACGUUAUAAAGAAUAUGGCUAAUGAAAUAACUAGGAACUGUCAGGCUAAUAAUGUGACGGUAGACCCAGAAUUUGUGAUCUAUAUGAUAGACUUGUUGCUGCUAAACCCCAAGUAUGGGAAACUCUUCGCGAAGACUAUCAACAGGAACAAUUUAGCGUAUUUCGUUGAUGAGUGCGUCUCUAUGCUGACGAAUGAUGGAACUGCAUUAAACACUUUAAAAAUGCAGUUCAUUUUACAAACAAACUACGAUAAACUGGAAGUAUUGAUCGAGAAGCAUUUAGACCACAUCGAGAAGUGCUUGGCUCCCCUAGUCGACGAAAUUUUAGACAUGGACCCUGAACUUGGCAAUGAAGCUGAGUACCACAAGCUGUUUCGGAAGAUGUCUAUUUAUUUCGUUCUGGCUAGUGGUUUGGGGAAUCCUAGCUACAUUGUUACGUUAAAAGAAGGAAUGGCAGCCUUAGAAAGUGUCUUCGGGAUGGAAGAUCUCAAUGCAUUCGUGGCAUUACCUCGUACCGACAAAAGCGUGCAAUUGGAAGUACUGUUGGGGUACACGUCUGGCGUGAGACUCUUCAACAGGGACUGCGGUAAGGGGGGUGAAGGAAUACCUGAUUUGCCCCUCAACUUAGUCGACGCGGGUAAGGCAUGCAUGUCUCUGCUAUCCAACUCUCUAAUAACUGUGAUGCAAAGAGUGAACAAACUCACAACAGCCAUAGAAGAGGCCAUCACGAUACAGGAGGAAACUGGCAAUAUUAUUGUAGACCUCAGUAAGGUUGAUGAACACAGUGAAUUAACUAAAGAGAAUUACAUAGAAGUCUUUGACUUGCUUGCAUUCAACCGACAGUAUGAAGUGUUUAUUCGCAAGUUAUUGGCUGAUGUGGAAUCAAUGACGUAUAAGGGAUCUAAAUACGUGGAAAGAACGAAGGCAGUUCUCCAAGAGCUGCACGCUGCAGUCAAGUAUAAAGCGGCUGUGCCAGUCCAGAAUGUGUUUCCACUGUUCACAAAGCUAUGGGAAGUUUGGCGUGCGAUGCAAAACGUAAUGUUCCUAGUAUCGACUGUGAACCGACUGAUGGGGAUCAUGGGGAGCAUCCAGGAUAAAAUCAAGAUGCCUCUCAAAGUUAUUAACAAAAUGCUUCAUGGGAAGGUCGUUAAUACUGACCAAUGCAGACUCAAUAUCAGGCCGAGCACAGCAGAGAGGAUAUCACUGGCCUCGUUACACAACUACGUCUGCUAUCCAAGCUGUACAGAGAUCCUCGGGAUCAAGCAACCCGAGUUCUUAGGAUUUUGCGCAUUAUGUCUGGGUGUUGGUGCACUGGUCCCCAGCAACGUGAAGAUAGGUCUCAUCAAGUUCAAGGGCGGGUACUACGGGUUCUGCAGUGUUAAGAUGGCUGCCCGGUUCAGUAAGGAUCCUGAGAGGUACAUACACGAAGCUCUGAACUACGCUCGCAACAACCCCCACCUCAUCAACUUGCUGAACAUUAUCGAGAACGUAUUCAAUGUAAAGGACAUCGACGAACUUGUUGUAGUUCGCGUACCGAAGAUAAAGGUAUUCGACAAGGAUAUGCAAACGGAGACACAUCCAGUACCAACGUACAAAGAUAAGAACUACACGUGGGACCUUUGGGAGUGGAAGAAAAGAGCUUGUCAAUGGGCCACAAUAGUAAACUGUAAGACGCAUUCAACGCAAACGAACUACAGCCACCUCCGUUCUGACAUCCAAUGUCAGACGGUGGAGCCGAGGGACAAGAGUUUGCAGACCAACAAGGAUACUGGGAUGAACACUGUCAACUCCCAGUACUUCAUAUGGGGUCUAAGGGGGCAACGGGGUUACGGGCAACAUGUCAUGGAUUUAAAGAUUCAACACUCCAUGGAGGCUCUUAAAGCUAAAACAAUAUCCGCAUGCACUUGGCCGUGUAUCGGUAGAAGAGAUGACAGCGUGAAUGACUCCGUAAGCGAGGACAGAACUUUUUACUUCCCCAAGUCCGAUGAGGACGAACAAAAGAACUAAUUUCUUUAUUAAUAAUUAUGUUUUUAUUGUGAAACUAGUUGCUUAUUCAACUUCCAUAAGAUUUUUUGCAUCAAAAUAAUUAGAAUACCUAGUAAGACGCACGGGCUGCUCGUAAUUAUGAGCCCCAGUCGUAGCUUGAAACUAGUCGAGGACUCUCGAGUAAACCGUUUACUCAAAUUAAUUUAGCUUUUGCUUCAUUUGGAGCGGUCGAUGCAUUGAUAUCAGCUCAUCAGUAUAAGAGCUACAAUACCCUGGAGAGAAAAGCAUCAAUUGGGAGCAAAUUUUUUUUUUCAAGGAUUUAUAACUAGGUACCUAUUUGAUGGGACUAAUGUGAUUGAAUUUUGUUAUUUAAUGUUUUUUUAAAAAGAAUUUAUGUAUUGGUUGUUAUGAAUUCUAUCACAGAAAUGUUUGCAAAGACAGGUGUUAUUGAUUGGUCUUAGAU